AUGGAUGCCUCGGAUAUAUUAAGUAUGAACUUUACUCCUGAUGAUAAGAAUACACGCGAUCAGUCUUUCGAAGUUGAAGACUUUUAUGAUAAUAAAAGUGGUUCAAAUACAGUUUCAAAAAUUGUCCACAACAUAAGUGGUUCUGAAUGUUCCGUCACACGAGUAUUCACACCUGUCUCUGUCAGUGAAGCAGAAUUCUUACAUAUUAGUGUUGUAACACUAAAGUAUCCACCUCAACAACCUCCAACUUGUCCGUUCUGCCUAGAUUCAUCAUGCUUAGCAAACGAAGACGAUUUCACUAUGCCGGGUCGCAACAAACGUAAUCUAACUCCAGGAACCACAGAUAUGAAUGAUUCUGCAACUAACAAUGUAAUCGUUUUACCUACGACACAAAAAAAAGCAAACAUCCAUCCUCCAAACUCCCUCAACUUAUCCAGAGACUCUUCAAAUGCAGAAACUGUCCGAAGUCCUGUUGUUGUCUUGACAGAUGCUGACGAAACCUUCUUCCAGUCUUCAUUUAAUAACCCCUUCUACAAUGUCUUAUCAUCUUGUCCAUCAUGGGAUUGUACUGAGUCAGGUCAUUCAACACUAACUAAAAAGUCAUCUCGCGCAGUUGAACCUAAUCGACAACGUGUUAGUAAUUACGCCCAGGAAUUUGCAUCUGGAAAUAAGGAGUUAAAUAACCAACAUGAAGCAUCUGCUCCUGUCAUUCCCCCUGUUACUAACACACUUAAUAUUCAACGUGAAGGCUGUAUCAACAAAGUUAUUGCAGAAUUCACACUACUAAAUGUCGAGCGCAAUCAAACUAUGAAUGUAACCGAAUAUCAUGAUUCCUGUAAGCAUGGCUUAGUGUGUAUGCCAGCUGACAAUCCACGUUUUUCUACGUCUUACGAUGUCACUGACUGUGACCACAUAAAUCAUGGCAUGUCUAAAAAGCGCGACCAUGCUUCCGAGUUACAACUUAGUGCAAGCACAGAAAAUUCAGUGUUAUUAUCUUCAAAUGCUGACUUUGAGCCAGUGCCUAGGCUUAGCAGAAGACGUAAUGCUACUUCCGCAUCUGCCUGGUCUUCGUCAUCAUUUCACAAUGAAGGCACUCCAUUUUUUAACCGUCGUACUGGAUUGCCUUUACAAUCAUCCCCGGUUCCCCUUAAAAGAAGUACAAGUGGAAAGUUUGACUUUGAUUCAUCCUUCAACCGUUUAAAAACAUCUAGAAGUUCGUUGUGUAUGGUCUACAGUCAUAACUUGAUAAACUCCGGUGAGAUUGAUAAUAAUCAUGCCAAAGAGAAGCAAUCCUUGGAAGCAUUGCCCAAGGUGACAGAUUUCAAAUCAGAUAAAGAGGUCAAUAACAACACAACUGUCAACAUUACUACUAAUACAACUGAUAAUAUAGUUGAUAAUAACAAAACCAGUAGUAACAGUAAUUGUAGUCAUUGUAAUCAACAUAAUAGUGAUAAUACUGAAAUAUGUAGUAACAAGUCAAAUCAAACUGUAUCAUUUCGUCGUCGACCAGCUAGUCUACGUUUCACCUCUCAACAUCAUGAACAAUCAAUUGAUGCAUCAUUUGAAUGUGGUGAAACUAACCGGCAUACAGUCGCUCCAAGACGACGUAAUUAUCCAGUGGAGAUGGAUUCAAGUGAAUUAAGUUGUAGUGCACCACCAUCGGGUAAUCGUGGUUUUCAAAUAUCUACAAAUUUCACAGAUCGAUUAGCUAACACUAUGGUUUAUACACCAUUACCACAUGGUAGUUCACAGCAUUUAUUGGUUAAUUUUGAGGAGAGUAUGCUUAAUGGACGAAUACAUCCAGUUGGUCAAGUUGAAGGUUUCUCAUUAGAAUUGGGUGCAAGUGGAUCAUUCUAUCCAAAUCAUGUUCAUGAUAAUGCUCCAUCACCAUAUCUAGGAUAUGCUGAUCUACGACAAUUACCUAGUAAUAAAGGUUACCAUAUCCCAAAGAAAGGUUCGAUUCAGCUGACGUUGUUCAAUCCAACUGGUCUAGUGGUCAAAAUGUUUGUUAUUGUAUACGAUUUAGAUGAUAUGCCACCGAACUCACAAACUUUUUUGCGACAACGCACAGUCUAUAUGCCAGUACAACAGAAACAGUCCCCAUUAACUGUGCCUCAACCAGCAGCAUGGCCUAGACAAUUUCAGUUCUCCAAUCUACCGUCUACUGGUUCAUUUCUUGCGCCUACUCCUCCGCCAUCAUCAUCUCUUCUGCGAACCUGUCAUCGUCAUAGUUCAUUUAAUCGUCCCUAUAAUCCAAUUCAUCACCAGUAUACACGUACAUCCACAGACUAUUUGACUGCUGCUACACAUACUUCUUCUAAUGCUACCACUACUACUACUACUACUACUACUACUACUACUACUACUACUACUACUACUUCUGUGGCUGCUACUUCUACUGGUACAAAUGAUCUCUUCUGGAGUAGUACACCGCAUAAAUCAUUAACUGAACCAAAUACACCAUCAUUCUCUUCAUCAGCAUCGUGUUCCUGUUCGUCAAUAUCAUCUGUGUGCUCAUCCAGUUCAUUUGGGUCACAGAAUGUUGUCUAUCCUGGUGCACUGAAUUCACGUCAUGAACUACCUGCCUAUCUGCGUUAUCUUGUCCAUUUAAGAUUUCAUACAACACGAUCGGGCAAACUUUACCUACACACAGAUCUUCGGUUGAUAUUCUCACGGGAUAAAUUUGAAUUUGAUCCACGUGUUGCCACAUAUGAAUUGCGUUCAUUUGUUGAUGCACCGUCGAAUCCACGUUAUUCACCUAAAAAGUGGUCAACACGUCAUCAUCAUCAUACCUCAACAAAAAAUCGAAAAACGUUAAACACCUGUAAAUCCUAA